CCUAUAAAUUGUAAACAGUUUUAUGUGUUUAAUAGGAAAAUAAUUUUGUUAGUGUCAUUUAUAUUAAUAUUAUAAAACAUAUCUUAUUUCAGAUUAAAGUUGAACUGUUGAGGAUUAUCACAGUAAUAUUUUAUAUAAUCAAUAUGCUUGAAAAAUAUUUUUUAGAGCAUCACACAAAAGAUUUGGAAGAAAUAUUAAAUGCUGCAAAUGAUCAUGUAUUCUAUUCGAUAGAAGUAAAUUUUGUGUCGUUAUUUGAAGCCGAUGUAGAGAAUGCACAAAUCUUACGCAAUCCUAGACAUUAUUUACCACUGUGCGAUGAAGCAGCAGUAAAAGCUCAGGAACAAUUAUGCAAAACAGGUCAAACAGUAAAAACCAAAGUUCACAUGAGAAUCACUACAGUACCAAUAAAAAUCGACACAGGUCAAAUUGGUGAAUUAGUUUCAACAUCUGGAAUUGUGGUCCGUAUGUCUCAAUCUACAAUUAUGAAAUUGAAAAAACGUUUUGCUUGUAAAAAAUGCAAACAUGUCAGUGUGGUUAAGCUAGAAUGGGAAAGGCAAUUGUUCAGAAAUAUUAAGUAUUGUGAUGCAUGUCGUUCACCAAAUAUAACAGCUUUAACAUCUUUAGAACAAGAUGAUUGUUCAGAUUAUCAAGAAAUAAAAAUUCAGGACAAAUGUAAAACAGAUACAAAGAAUUAUUGUUCAAUGGGCCUACAAGUAGUUUUGUUAGAUGAUCUGAUUGACAAAUGUAAACCUGGUGAUAAUGUAGACAUCAGUGGAAUAGUUAUACGAAAAUGGAAUAAAUUAAAAGUUGGCCAUCGCACAGAAGCUACGACAUUCCUGAUGGCUAAUAGCAUCUCAAUACGCAAAAAAAUCUCAGAAGCAGCAUUUUCUACUGCUGAAAUAAAAGAUCUUUUUACAGCAUAUUGGGAACAUUAUCGAGAUAAUCCAUUAGCUGGCAGAGACAAUAUUCUUGCCUCUAUUUGUCCCCAGCUAUAUGGAAUGUAUAUCGCGAAAUUAGCAUUGGCCAUUGUUAUGUGUGGUGGAGUAACAAAAACUAGCGAAACAGGAACACGUGUAAGAGGUGAACCUCAUCUUCUUCUGAUUGGAGAUCCUGGAACUGGUAAAUCGCAAUUGCUUCAUACUGCGUCUCGAUUAACUACACGGUCUGUCUUUACAACUGGUAUUGGUACUACUGCUGCUGGACUUACAGCAGCUGCUGUCAGAGAUUCGGAUGGUUGGCAUUUAGAAGCCGGCGCUUUAGUCCUUGCAGAUGGAGGUAUAUGUUGUGUAGAUGAGUUUACAACAAUGAAUUCGCAUGAUAGAACCUCUGUACAUGAAGCAAUGGAACAACAAACAAUCUCCAUAGCUAAAGCCGGCAUGCUGACCACUUUAAAUAGUCGUUGUUCCGUCAUUGCAGCUAUUAACCCAGAUGGUGGAUGUUUUACGGGUGAAGAAUGGAAAACCUGUUUAGGAAAUCCUCUUUUGUCGCGUUUCGAUUUGAUUCUCCUUUUAAAAGAUACUAGAAAUCCCGAGUGGGAUAGAAUGACGUCGAGUCAUAUUAUAAAAGCUGCCUGUGAAGAUGAAGAAAAUAAUUCAUAUUCCGAAAUAUAUAAAGGUCCCUCGAACUUAACAGGUCUGUGGACAGAGGAGACUCUCUGUGAAUAUUUCGCGCACGUGCAUACAUGGAAACCAGUGUUAACUGAAGAGGCAACAAAAAUACUUAGUGCAGCUUAUCUUUAUCACAGAUCAGAUCCAUAUAGAAGGCCUGAGAGAACAACAGUGCGACUUUUAGAUAGUCUUAUCAGAAUGGAUAUAAGUUCAUUAGUUCCGGCAGGUCUUCAAAGUGGGCAAACAGAUAGAUGCGAGGUUCAAGCGGGAUAUAAUAAGUUUUCGGAAAAUUUGCGAAGGUUUACACCACAGGCUAUACAGUGCGCCAUUUUUUGUGGUGGAUCCAGAUGCAAGUAUGAAAAUCCAAAGGCUUGGCCACCUGUCCACAUGGCAAUACAGAACAUAUUUUCACAUUGGGUGACUGAUGAUGUCCUUGCGAUGGCACGGCCUAAUACCGCUCAGAUAAUAAAGAAAGAUAUAAUUGCCCAAUUUCAUGGUUGGAGCAUAAAAACUAUAAUAAACUUGCAAACACCUGGCGAACACGCGAGCUGUGGUGGUCCACUCGAAGAAAGCGGUUUCACAUAUGAUCCCAAUCUUUUUAUGAAAAAUAAUAUUUACUAUUACAAUUUUGCCUUGAAAGAUUAUGGUGAUGCUACAAUGGGAAAGCUCCUAGAUAUGGUCAAGGUUGUGGCCUUCGCUGUGCAAGAAGGAAGAGUGGCCAUUCACUGUCAUGCUGGUCUUGGCAGAACUGGCGUUUUGAUCGCGUGCUACCUUAUUUACAGUCUUCGUGUGAGGGCAAACGAUGCUAUAAGAUUUGUCCGUAUGAAACGCCCGUCCGCUAUACAAACACGCGGACAGAUACUUUGUAUUCAGGAAUUCGAGCACUUCGUGCUUCCGCAGAUGAUAGUAUUUCCUUUACACAGUACAACCGGGGAUCGCAAACCCUACAGUCUUCAAACAUACCUGAAAAAGCAGUACAACAUGCUUCAUGGAUAUGAACAGCGGAAUUUUAAGCAUAUUCCAAAAAUUAUUUUCAUUAUUUGCGAACGGAUACUACAGCUUUGUGAUUGCCAAGAAGACAAUUCGCCUUCCGAAAUUGCAUAUAUAGUCUCUAAUGUGCCUUUCACACAGAAAUUUAUCUGCCACGUGCUGGAAAAAUUCCGUGAUGGCACGGGCAAUAUACGGCACUCCUAUUCAUGGGCGGAAUCCCUUACGGACUCAUCCUACGAAUAUUCAACAUCCACUAAAGCUUGCAAUAGUAGUCAAGGAUCAUCUCGGGAUACUUGUGAUGAUAUAGGAAGAUUGAGCGAUGUAUUUUGUAUGUCACCAGAUACUCCUUCCUGUGAUUCUAUAUUUGCAGGUCUCGACGAUAAUUGUGUAGACGAUGUCCUAGGUGAUGGUAUUCACGAUCAGGAUUUAUUUGAUAAUGAUUGUUAUAAGGAAAUUCAGUCACAUAUGGAUUUAAGAAAUGUCGCCCGUAAUGAUUAUGAGACGGUGACUGCUGAGGAAGUUAUCAAAGCAUUUAUUAGAAAUAGCGCCUCUCUUCCGGAUUCUAUAAAGAAACGUUUGCAUGAUUAUCAGAGUGAUUUGAAUCAUCGAUGUACUGCCUGGCAACGAUUAGAAUUGGAAACUAAUUUAGAGAUAUUGUCAACACUGCUGUUCGAAUGGUUGGAAAAUCUUAAACACCCGCUUCUUGAUACUGACAGUCUUAGUUAUAUUGUCGUGUGGAAUUCAAAGCCGCAGAAGUGUCUUGGAAAACUGCCCGUCUGUACAAGAUACUUAUUAGAAUACCUUUUGCGAUUUGUUACUCGUUUAAGGCCUAUGACAACAGAGAGUCAGAGUCUAAUUACUAAAAGACUUAUGGCAGCUUUGACACAACAAACAAUCUGGAUUAAAAAUUCUUUUCAUCCUUCAAAUAAACAUUUUCAGAAACUACGACGCGGCACCGCUGGAAAGCUUAAUGAAUUUUUUAUUCGUUUAAUGAAUUUGAUAGAGGAAGUUAACACUCAAGGAUUAGACAAGCCUCCAUUGACAUCUAAAUGGGAAUUAUUAUCCAAACAUUUGCGUGAUAUGGAUCAUCAAAAAAACAACGAAUGAGCGUAAUACAUUUUAUAUUUAGCAUUCUGACGAAUUUCUUUCUAAUUGCCAACGAUGAUGUACCCUUCAUUUUUUGUUUCAUCAGAUAUGAACUACGAAAAGAAAAUAACUUAUAAUUGAUGCAACUUUUAUUUAUAAUAUGCUAAUUUUCUUGUUUAAAAAAAUAUAAAAAAUUUUUAUCUAAUAACAACUAUAAAUAGCUAUGCAAACAGGAUUUGACAUUAAGACCAAAGGGAUAUAAGAGUAUUGUAAAUAUAAUAUAAAAUAUAGUAAUAAACAGUAAUGAACAGUUUAUUACUAUACAUACAUAUAUCUUAUAUUAAGACCGAUAUUACAUUUGUCAUACAACAAACUUUUUAAACGCAUUGAUUGGCUGCAAUAUAGAAAAUUUCUUUAGUCUCUAUUUUGUAUAUAGUCAAUUAAUGUAUUUCAAAAGUUUAUUGUACAAUUGUAAUAUUGGCCUGAUACUGUAAAUCAUUGCUGUUCUGCUUAUAAAAACUUGACAAUCGCGCACUGCAAUAUAUUAUUUGUAAGCACUGUUAAUUUUUUUAAAUCUGUGAUAAUGUUAGAAUUGAUUUCCAAUACUAGCAGCGAUUACGCGAAUUUCUAGAUUGCUUAAUUUAAUAACUAUAUAUAU